GAAAGAUUGCCAGGGCUCAAGUAAAAGGCUUCCAUGACAACAACCAACCAAGAUGGCAACCAAGAUGGCGGCUUGUUAAACAAGUACACUCACUAAAAUGGCAAAUCUGGCAACCCGUGGGAGCAUAUCAAGUAAACGAAAUACGCUUGCAAGAAGUGUUUCUCCUGGAAAAGGCCUCGGUGCGGAGUUUUUCCCUGUUGCCUCCGGAGUACAAGUUCCUUACGUUGGGGGGGAUGCAAGAGAUGGCUUUCUCAAAGUGUCUCAAAUUGAAAAACCAAUACUUUACAACCAAGGGGAGUAUGCUUCUACCAGACCUGGUCAUAAUUCUAUGGUAUGGACGUCUGUACCGGCGCCCAACAAGCCGGGAGAGGAGCUAAUGCAUGAAAACCAUGCAGAAAGAUUGCUACAAGUGCUAUCUCAACACCCACAUACAAGAGAAGAUAAAAGCAGUACAUUGAGUAAAAAUUACCUAAAGACAAUAAGUGAUGGAUUUACAUUUGCUGAUGAGGUCAUUUGUUCCCGCGCUCCACACACCGUCCCAUAUAAGGAUUGUGAUGCUGUUUACAAAGCUGGAAGUUUUAUAAGGAUGAAACCAAAAGUGGUAGGGUUGGUUGGGCGGCAUGAUGCUCGUGGGCCAAUCAAAAGACACAUGCCUUGUCAUCUGAAAGGCCCUAGAAAACUUAAACUCCUCACUAAGAGUAAGGUUUUGCCACAUGGAAGGAGGGUUUUGAAUAAGUCGUCAUCUGAGAUACUUGGGCAAAAUGUCUCUGAGAAGGCUUCAAAGGAAGAUUUGCAUCAUGAAUGGGAUGAGCAUUGCCUUGCCUCAAUCAGCAAAUCUACUGCUGAAUGGAUUGUGAAAGAACAUCUUUCAGGUCCAGAAAAGGAAAGACUUGCUGUAUUUCUCAAAGAGAGGUAUAAACCAUCUCAGGAGACUGAUUCCAAACCUGAAAAGUCUGAGACAAGAAGAGAAUCUAGAGCAAAGUCUUCUCAUAGCAAAGAGAAAGAAAAAGAGAUAAGAAAGGAGGAAAAAUCAGAAGCUACCGAGCUAAAUUAUACACCAUCAUUCACUCUUCCUUCUCGUGUUGGUGACAAAAAGCUUGAUACACAGAAUGUUUAUCAACUAGAGCUACUUGCAGGAGCUCAGCCAAUCCCUGCAAAAAAACAUAGUGACAAAAAUACAAUAGUUUUAGGUUCUAAUGAGCAAGUCAAGUUCCAGAAACACUUACAAGAUAAUUUUCCCCAAGGUGCAAAACCGUGGUUUCCAGCUAAGGGAAAGAAGAAGAAAAUGUAUAAUCAAGUGAGUCGCCAAACUAAGGGUCUUCACAGAUGGAAAGAGUUGCCAAGUGUCAUUCAAGAUGACAUUCUACUGGCCACAAAGACAUCUAGUCACUCUGAUGUGGACAUUGCUACUAUUAGCGCUGGUUACAAGCUGAGGAAAAAAAUAAAAGAGGACCUAAAUGUAGUCAAAAUUGCCGAGGAGUGGAGAUCAAAGUGGUUUCUGGAGCGAAGAUGGCAGAAUAGUACCACCGAGGAGCUCAUGAAAGGGAUGGUCGAUAUAAAUGAUCAUGUGAGACUUUCGGCAGUAGCUGCUUGUAGCAAAGCUGCCAUGAUAAGAAAAGCUAAAAAGGAGGAGCCAAAGUUACAAGGGGUUGUGUUGGAUAAGGGAAAAGAUACAGAGAUUCCCCUACAAGCAGCUUUGGAGCCUGAAUUACUAGAUAGAGUGAACAAAUUGCUCCAUGACAAGAAUUGUCAAGUCAGGAUUGCCGCAGCCAUCACACUCUACACCCUGAACAAGAAAAGUGAUGAGGCAGAGAAAGUUCUGCUGUGGGCGAUUGAGCACGGUGGAGGUCCUGAAAAGUGGGCGGCUACUCAGUGCUUAGCCAUGGCUGGGACCGUGUGUGAUCGGGUCAUCAAUGAGCUUGUCAGGCAACUCCACUCUGAUAACUCAGUGCGCACCAUCGAGGCUGGAGCGCUUCUUGCAGAGCUCAGUCAAUACUCGGGUAUAGUGCAUUCCCUGAUUGCUGAGCUACUUAACAGCAACAGCUGGAAGGACCGAGUGACAGCCUCAAAGGUCAUCCCAAAACUCAGGGGAGUCAUCAACAAGGACAUGACUCAGAAGUUGUCCUAUUUGAUGUGGAACGACUGGAGUAAAGAUGUGCGUUCUGCGGCGGCACAGGCUCUUGGGAAAACUGGGAAUGGAAAGCUUGUGCAUGACACCUUGAGAGAGCGCAUCAUGACUGGAAAUGAACGAGCCCAAGUUGACGCAUUAAAGAAGCUUUCCAAUCUUGGAAUCAUGACUGUCCGCCUUUUGCCUGCUUUGAUUGACUGCUUCAGGAGUGAAUAUGUGUCAGUCAGGAUAGAGGCCGCUAUGGCGGCGGGUCAGUUGCGCAUCACUGAUGACAAGUUACUGGAAGGUCUACUUGAUAUGGCAAGUAAUGAUCGCAGCUGGAAAGUCAAGGCACAUGCCAUCAAAGCGCUUGGGUGCGUUGGCAUAGUAACUGAGCGAGUGAUUGACGUGUUGCUAUGGGCAAUCCGUUACGAGAAGGUCGCCGCUGUGCGUGCAGAGGCUUGUAACGCGGUCGCUGCCCUGCGGAUACGAGAUGAGCGCAUGCUCAGUGUGCUGCAAGACCGACUUGUGGUGGAGAGUGACGACCUCGUGAAAAGAGAGGCUAUCUUUACCCUACAGACUCUUGGAGUGGAGCCUACGGGGGAUCUGGAAAUGAUUGAGGCCAUCAGAACAGAGGUGCACAGACUGUGCACUCGCGACUUAGUAGUCGCGCACAUCCUAGAGGAAGACAACGCGCAUGCCUACACUUCAGACUACAAGCGCCUGUUUACGACUUCCGAGACGGAGCCGACGCCUGAGCGGCCUCCGCCGCCAAGCCGAGAGCUCACGAUGGCGUCACGAGCAUCGCGCGCGUCACGUGCCGCCAGCCAAGCAUCACAACGAGGCUGGGACCCAAUCCUUGCGGGGUAUCAGGCGCGUGAGAUCAUGUCCCGAGAACCGACCCCUGGGGGACUCCACAUGGAGCAUUCCUAUCUGCCUAUGGACUUAAACAGCGCGUCAUCGGAGAAUAGUUCAGUGGUAGAGUUGGAUGAUGAGGAUGAGUUUUCUGAUGAGCCGGAGGAAGGAGAGGAAGAAGAAGAGGAACUACGUCUGACGCACAGCACCCAGUUUGAGUUACCAGCCGAGAGUACGGCUUCGGUGUCAAGAAAAACACAAAAUGCGAGUGAACAAGGAAGCCAUCCUAAUGAGAUUAUACCUGGAACUGCAACAAGUAAUGGACUCAAAGGAGAGGACGUUCAACUUCCGGAAACACGUGACCAUGAGCCGUCACAAAGGUCAGCAGUCAGCCCCUCAGAGUCUACGCAGCUCGAUCUGUGCUCAGAACCCGAAUCCAGUAAAGACGAUGCGGAGCUGAUGAAGCUCGCACGGGAUGACGAGGAUGAAGAGCAAACUAUCACUGAGCCGUCAGAGGUCAGUGGCAACUCGCCAAGUCAACAGGGCCCUGAUAGUGAUGAUCGAUCAUGAAAGGAGAGGAAAUCAGUAAUCCAUAGCAUCAUCAUUGACGAAAUUUUCUAGAUAGACUAUUAAAUAAUUAUUUUCACUGGUUUUUAAGAACAAAUGAGAAAUAUGUAAAUAGUUUUGUACAUACUUGGGUAUCAUAGCCAAAAAUACGCAAAUAUUAUUAAAGAGAAUGUAAAAUGAAA